AUGCGUUGCCGGGGCGGUUGCGAAGGUCGGGGUUUAACGUCUGGUGAGGACGGAGUCGUACAGCCGACUUGUCGGUUUCAAAAAAAAAGUGAAAGGCACGAGAUUGCUCUCGAGCCUCACUGAUUCCGAAUCCAAACAGAAAGGAUCAAACGGUGUAUUCGCAGGCGAAGAAAGACUACCAAAAGGACUAAGGUCAAGAGGCGCCCGUGGCGCCGCGCGCAAGUAAAGCUUAGGCCGCUGAGGUUGGCUUGAGUUGUCGUGAGGCGUAAGCGGAGCGGCGCCUUACACUCCGCUACGAUUGCCCGAGGGCAGCGUGAGGAAUGCCCGGGGGAAAUAUAUAUCUGGCAUUCAGGGUACCAUUUGCAUCCUCCGCCUCCGGUGUCGCGUCCGUCCCCGCAACAUCUGGAAGAGCUGCGACAAUUGCGUAAAGUCGCUCCACAAGCAUCGGCCGCCGAGCUGCGCAUGGGACAAAUGACCGCAUUUCCGCAGGACCCUCGUCAUCGGCCGUCCGCCUCCGAGAUUUGCCCUGUAUUCGACAGCACUUGAUCAAUCUCGAGAUACGCACCAAGAGUGGGCCACAGUAAGCGUAAUGGAGCCCCGCCCGACACGUUGAUGUCAGCUAUUGAAGCUGUUGCCAAUGCCGGUUGCCUCGCGUACAUCGAAAUACCGGGACAGCGCCAAGGGCAGCCACUUGCCGAGCAAAUACACGAUCCCGACCCUCGGAAGCAACCCAGGAACGAUGGGUCGCGGUCGAAGUCGAAGAUCACCUCGAAUUCGCUAACCGACUCUGAGACGUCAUUUGGCAUCCAGACUCCUCAGAUGAAAGCGAGGCUCUCGGAAACGAUUGACGACCGGCUAGUCGAAGGCAAUUUGGGAUGGCCUACCGACGCUCACAACACCUACUUUCGCGACAAUUGGGUGUUGCUCGCCACGGUCUGCUAUUCGCCAAGCGCUCGUCGCUGGUUUCCGAUCCUGUACUCCGUCGGCAACCACGAGCGAUCGGGCUUCUACCGCCGGCAUUUUGCGCACCUAUUCCAGAUUCUUGACGAUGCCAAUUAUAGCGUGGAGGACAUCGUCAACGGAGUCACAUUUGUUGUCGAUUAUUCAAGCGCGCAGAUUUCGGGUCUUCGCCAAGCCAUUUCGGAUUGGUACGUGGCACGCAAGACCACAGAUGUGGGACGCUUGAACGUCACACCCAAUCAGGUGUCACAGUGGACUGCAGAGGCUAUUCAGAUUGGCGAGAAGGCGGCAAGCGGGUGCGCCUUUCACUUCAUUGAGCAAGUCAGGAGGUUCGGGGUCCGACAUCUCAGUACGCAAACCGAGCGCGAACGAUUUGCAAUGCUGGUCAACACCAUGCGCAACGCGAAGUCCCAUGCAUCGAUUGAGUCCAUGGCAAAGCGCACAAUCGACGAGUUUCCUGUGUCAGAGAAUUGGAUCAAAUGGUGGACACGACCGGCGAUUCGAAAUGUGGUAUUCAAGGAACUCAAUGGAUCCGCAGAAAGAUGCGUGGCUACCACAACAAAUGCGGUGGAAUCUUCCCACUGGCUCCUAAUCCAUUCAUGUGGUGGCGAACGCUUUGGACCGGUGGAAGGGGUGAUGCGACUUAUCGACUUCGCGAAAAUGACAGACCGAAUUGAAAGUCAUGCGACCGGUAAGGCCCUGGCAUAGCGUUACCACCAACCCAUCGCGGCACCCUAACGCGUGAUCCAAAAGUAAAGCAAUUUGAAUUGAUGUAAUUCAAAUACCGGGUGCCACAUUAGGUGCGUAAGACACACCUGCCUUACACUUUACUUGCGCGCGGCGCCACGGGCGCCUCUUGACCUUAGUCCUUUUGGUAGUCUUUCUUCGCCUGCGAAUACACCGUUUGAUCCUUUCUGUUUGGAUUCGGAAUCAGUGAGGCUCGAGAGCAAUCUCGUGCCUUUCAUUAUCCUCAUCUAAAACCAUUCUCGCCUUUGCUUUGAAAACAGAUGGCUAUGUCAGGAGUUCCACUUAUCACGAGCAAGGCAACGUCCGCGCUCAUAUCAAAGAGAUCAAGUCACGCAAUCGGGUACCUUCAUCCUACGUCAGUGACGCCAACAUGCCUGAGCCUUCGAUCUCGUUCGCUGCACCUGCUCGUCUAGCUGGCAUCGGGUUUUCCGAGUCACCACAAGGACCUUCAGACCCGUCAAAGGGUCCUGCAACACCACCACCGAGCGAAUCAACCAAAUUACCUCCUUCCACGUCAAAUCGUUCCCGGCAGCAACCAAAGAACCGGUCAAGGCAGGGCAAUGGGCCCACUGCGCAGUGAAAGGCACGACAUCGCUCUCGAGCCUCACUGAUUCCGAGUCCAAACAGAAAGGAUCAAACGGUGUAAUUCGCAGGCGAAGAAAGACUACUAAAAGGACUAAGGUCAAGAGACGCGGCGGCGCCGCGCGCGAGGGCAAGCGUGAGGCCGCAGAGGUUGGCUCGAGGUCGUCGUGAGGCGUAAGCGGAGCGGCGCCUUACACGCAGUCGAUGGCCUCCAAAAGGGCUCAAGACGUGUUGAUUAUCCCCACAAGCGCAAGGUUCCUGACCCGCCGUCUGACGAGCAUAGUUCGAGCGAAUCAUCAGACGACGUUGGAUUGACGCCAUCAAUUCAUUGCAAUUAAUCCGAGGCCAUUCCCCCGCCGGAUCGCUCCAUCAAGCUCCAUCAAGCUCCAUCAAACGUCCAAUUCCAAAUCGAAAGGUAGUCCUCCCCGCUCAGAUUUCAGCGGCGGAUCGCGACGACUCCCCGUUGUCCCUAUCGCUGUGAGGGCGCUCAAUGAAGAAACGGAGUUGUCCCAAAUACGUACGCCUCCGCCCCAGACUGUUGACUGAGUGCAGAGGCGCUGAGGCCUGGCUGACGGAAAUCCUGCUCUGAUUUAUCCUCCGCCUCACAGUUCUUGCGCAGCACAAUGCACGAAAUUUGGAAGCCCCCAGUGGUCGAAAAUACCGGAUACCUCGAAAACGAUUGGCCUUCCUCUUGUCGGAACCUGAAUCACAAUCGGAGGCAAAGAGGACAUGUACGUCCGCAUUCGACAUUCCCCUGUCCAUGGUUGCAUCCAAGUCGGAGUUGGCGCCAUGUCACGAAUGGGAGUUUCGCCACUCCAAGUUCGGCCUCUCAGCACCCACGUCAUCCGCGUGACUUCGGCCUUCCCGCGCUUCGGACCUCCUCUCCCCGCUUCGGCACCUGCACUGCCUUCUUCUCCUCCAACUAUACGUUCACAACCCUCUCGCCCCCGACUCUUACGUGA